AUGUCUGAAAAGCCUGUUGUUGGAGACUAUAGCGUCGAGUAUUCCAAGUCGAACCGAUCAACAUGUAAAUUAACCAACAAAACCAUCAAGAAGGACGCGCUUCGUAUUGGUAAAAUUGUACAGUCGCAAUCUUUUGAUGGUACCUAUCCGAUAUGGUACAAUUUCGAAGAUUGGGCAAAGGAUAAGAAACUUGUUAAAGAAUUCCAAACAAAAUGCAAGAAGGUUCAUGGUUUGUCCAAGAUUCGUCUCGAAGAUCAAGAACGUAUCAAGAAAUUGAUGGGACAAUCAAGUGAUGAUGCUAAUGGUGCUAGUGAUGAUAAUCUCUCCGAAGAACAAAAGCAAAAGAAGAAGGAAUUUGAAGAGGAAAACAAAAAGAUUUGGGAAAUUAAAGACAAACUUAAGAAGUUAAAGUCUUUACCAUUACUGAGAUCAAUGCUCUCAGAGAAUGAUCAAAUUGAAAAGGGAGGUGAAGAUUUAUUAAUUGAUAGAUGUGCUCUUGGAUUAUUGUUUGGUAACUUGCCUGCUUGUCCAAAUGAUGAAUGUGAAGAUGGAUAUAUGACCUUCGCAGGUGGUGUAUUUAAAUGUCAUGGUAAAUUACCUUGGGCAAAGUGUGACUACACAUUAUCUGUUGAUGAUGCAUAUGAAAAGGCAAAAGACUGGAUUAUUCCAGAUGAUAUUGCCGAAUCUAAACAAUUUGAAGAUUUUGAAUUUAAAAAACACAAAAAAUGUAACUUUGCUUUGGAUACAACUGUUCGUGCACCUGUUGCCUCUUCAAGUGAAGAAAAGAAAGAGGAAGAAGAGGAAAAGGAAGAAAUUGAUCCAGAAAAGGAAAAAUUACCACUUGGUAAUUUCAAGAUUGCUUGCUCUGGUAAAUUGAGUAUGAAACAAAGUGAAUUGCAAGAAAUUAUUGAAGAAAAUGGUGCUACAUUCUUGAAAGAUGUUUCAAGUGGUUGUACUCACUUGGUUUGCUCAGAAAGUGAAUAUGAUAAGGAAACAACCAAAGUUAAAAAAGCCAAGAAACAAGGCGUUUUAAUUGUUGAUGAAGAUUGGAUUCACAUGUCUGUUGAGAAGGAAAGAAAAUUGACAGAAGAUGAAACAAAGGAAUAUGUACAUUACAAUCCUCAAGAUAAAAAGAGAAAAAAGGAAGAAACUGAAGAAGAAGAAGGUGAAGGACAAGCAGUUCCAAAGAAGAAGAAGGUAACCAUUAAAGGAAGAGCUGCAGUUGAUGAAGAUUGUGAAGAUGCUGAUGUUUUACAUGUCUAUGAAAAGGGUGAUGAUAUUUACUCUGUACAUUUGAACUUGACAGAUUUAUCUACUGGUGCUAAUUCUUACUAUGUUGUUCAACUUUUGGAACAUGAUACUAGAAAGAAUUAUUAUGUAUUUAGAAAAUGGGGUAGAUUGAAUACAAAUAUUGGUUCAAACAAACUCACUGAAUAUGGAUCUGAUUUAUCAUCUGCCAAAUCAGAAUUUGAAAAUACUUAUUAUGACAAGACUGGUAAUUAUUGGUAUGAUAGACACAAUUUCCAAAAGAGACCUGGUAAAUUCUUACCAAUUGAUGUUGACUAUGGUUCAGAUGAAACUGAUUUGGAUAAGUUACAAUCAGAAAUGAAGAAGGAUUAUAAGGGUAAAUUGCAUCCAGAAAUUGCCAACUUGGUCAAAUUAAUCUUUGACGUUCAAACAAUGAAGCAAACAUUGAAAGAAAUUGAAAUUGAUACUGAAAAGUUACCUCUUGGUAAAUUGAAAAAGUCACACAUUUCAAAGGGUUAUGAAGUGUUAACAGAAAUUCAAAAUCUCAUUAAGAGUGUUCGUGAAAAGGAGAAGGAAGCAGGUGUAUUUAUGGAAGAUGAUCCACCAGCAACAUCUUCAGUUGAUACAACCACAACUGCCACUCCUUCAUCAUCAGUUGAUGCCACUUCUGCUCCAGUUGAUAGUUCAAGUGCUACUCCUUCUGCAACUCCUUCAUCAUCAGCUGAUGUCGCUUCAAGUGCACCUGCUGCUGUUGUUGAAAAACCUAAGAAACCUAAAACUUCAAUUCAUCAACAAUUCAAACAACAAUUCCUCACCCUCUCCAACAAGUUCUAUACCAUCAUUCCAACUUCAAAUCCAGAAAUCAUUGAUGAUGAAGAUGCUUUGAGUGCAAAGGUUAAGAUGAUUGAAGCUUUACAAGAAAUGGAAAUUGCCACCUCACUCUUGAAGAAGGAUGACGAAAGUGAAGAAGAUCCAUUAGAUGGAUACUAUAAGAAGUUAAAGACUCACCUCGAACCACUCGGCAAGGAUAGUGACAUGUUCAAGAUGGUUGACACUUAUUUGCAAAAUACUCACGCCUCUACCCAUCGUGAAUUCUCACUUGAAUUAUUGGAUGCCUUUGAAGUUGACCGUGAAGGAGAAGGUGAAAGAUUUAAGAAGUAUGAGGAUUUACACAAUCGUAGAUUAUUGUGGCACGGAAGUAGAGUUUCAAACUUUUGUGGUAUCCUUUCUCAAGGUUUGAGAAUUGCUCCUCCAGAAGCUCCAGUUACAGGUUAUAUGUUUGGUAAGGGUAUUUACUUUGCUGACAUGUCUUCCAAGUCUGCCAAUUAUUGUCGUACUAGUCCAGAUCAAAGUACUGGUAUUUUACUUUUGUGUGAUGUUGCUUGUGGUAAUUUAUAUGAACGUUUACAAGCUGACUAUAUUGAAAAGUUGCCGCGGGGUUAUCACUGUUGUUUUGGUCAUGGUAGAACUGAACCAAAUAAUACCAUGUGUCAAUAUAUCCUUGAUGGUAAGGUUAUGGUGCCACUUGGUACACCAUCUGCCUCAUUGUUGUACAAUAGACAUACCUCAUUGUUGUACAAUGAAUUUAUUGUCUAUGAUGUUGAUCAAGUCCAGAUUCGUUACUUGCUCAAAGUUAAAUUCAAUUAUGACAGACGUUAUUAAAUUAUUAAUUUAUUCAU